UUGAUACUAUAGUUGUGGGGGCUAAAGUGAAGCUGGUGGCCAUGGCUACGUACACAGAGGAUGGAACUGUGGAUCUCGAAGGCAACCCUGUCCUUAGGUCCAACACAGGCCGAUGGAGGGCUUCCUCCUUUCUUGUUGUGUGGGAGAUGUUUGUGGUGAUGGCGUACCAAUGCAUAACAUCUAACCUGAUAAAUUACCUGAUGGAGAAGCUGCAUCAGGACACAGUCUCCGCCUCCAACAACGUCACCAACUGGGUCGGCACCGUCUGGAUCAUUACGAUCAUCGGCGCCUACGUCGCCGACGCCCAUCUCGGCCGCUACCGGACCUUGCUCAUCGCAUCAGCAAUUUAUCUUUCCGGUAUGUCAGUCCUAACGUUGGCAGUUUCAGUCCCCGGAAUAAAACCGCCACAAUGCUCGGCCGCCGCCGCCGCCGUCCAAUCCGGCGACUGCAAGAAGGCCUCAACGCUUCAACUAGCAGUGUUUUAUGGCGCACUCUACACGCUGGCCGUCGGCAUCGGCGUGGCGAAGCCCAACACCUCGACCAUGGCAGCAGACCAGUUCGACGAGUUCGAGCCCAAGGAGAAGGAUCAGAAGCUUUCCUUCUUCAACUGGUGGACGUUCAGCGUCUCCAUCGGCACACUCUUCGCCAACACAGUUCUUGUGUACAUACAGGAUAAUGUGGGGUGGACUUUGGGAUAUGGGCUUCCCACCGCCGGCCUGGCCGUGUCGAUUUUGAUCUUCCUGGCCGGCACGCCCUUCUACCGGCCCCGGGUGCCCACCGGAAGUCCCUUCACGAGGAUGGCGAAGGUCAUUGUCGCUGCCGCGAGGAAGUGGAAAGUGCCGGUUCCCGGCGAUCCCAAAGAACUCUUCGAACUGAACUUGGAAGAGUACAUCAAGAAAGGAAAGUUUAGGAUUGAUUCCACGCCCACCUUGAGGUUCCUCAGCAAAGCCAGUGUAAGAACAGGUUCUACAAGUCCAUGGAUGCUCUGCUCAGUUACUCAAGUGGAGGAGACAAAGCAGAUGCUGAGAAUGAUACCGAUCCUAGUCGCGACAUUCGUUCCAAGCACAAUGAUCGCGCAAAUAAACACCCUUUUCGUCAAACAAGGCACCACACUCGAAAGAAAUGUUGGCGGCUUCAAAAUUCCCCCGGCCAAUCUAACCGGAUUUGUGACAGUCUCCACGCUUGUCUGUACGGUGAUCUAUGACCGGUGCUUCGUCAAGAUGAUGAAAACAUGGAAACGGACACAGAAUCCCCGGGGAAUCAGUAUGCUUCAGAGAAUGGGGAUUGGAUUAGUCCUCACCAUCAUCGUCAUGCUAAUUGCAUCUCUUACGGAAAGGUACAGGCUAAAGGUGGCCAAGGAUCAUGGCGUGGUUGCAAGUGGAGGACAAGUUCCUCUAACCAUAUUCAUCUUAGUCCCUCAGUUUGUGCUCAUGGGAACGGCUAAUGCAUUUCUAGAGCCGGCAAGGACUGAGUUUUUCUAUGAUCAAGCACCCGAGAGCAUGAAGAGUCUCGGAACUUCCUAUGCGAUGAUUACGGUAGGAGUUGGGAACUUCCUCAGCAGCUUCCUUCUUUCAACUGUUGCUCACAUCACAGAGAAGCAUGGUCACAGAGGGUGGAUUCUGAAUAACCUCAAUGCUUCUCACCUCGACUACUACUACGCGUUUUUCUGCAUUCUUAACAUCUUAAAUUUCGUUUUCUUCUUGGUUGUGAGCAAGUACUACGUCUACAAGGCUUAA